AGGAGUAAGAAAAUUAUUUUCUCGUUGGAUACCCCACCUGUUGACUGAAGAGCAGAAAGCAGCCAGGGUUAAUUGGUGUCAAAAAACGCUUGACCAUUUCAAUUCCGGAAACACAAAAAAUGUGUACCUACAGCAUUGUUAUGCACCAUUUGUUUGCCAAAAGUAAUCACCGAGCUUUAAAAAAUCAACCCCGAAAGAAGAAUCAUCCUCCACCAAGACAAUGCAAGCUCGCACACAGCCCAAAAAACAAGGCAGUAUUUAACGGAAGAAAACGUGGAAUUAUUGGACCAUCCUCCAUAUAGUCCCGAUCUAAGUCCUAACGAUUUAUUUACUUUCCCGAAAAUUUUAAACAGACUACGUGGUCAAAGGUUCCAGUCUCCAGAAGAAGCAGUUGACGCAU